UAUUAGAAAUGGUCUUUGGAUAGAACCAACAAAAUUUAGGUUUCAAUUAGUGUUUACUGACAAUAAUUGUAAAUUAUUAGCAAAACCUUUAAAUUGAAUGCCACCACUCAAGUAUUAUGGACGAUAAAAGAAUCCAAGUAGACCCAGACGGCACAGUAACAAAUAUACCAAACAACAUGUUGAAAGAUGAAUAUGGAAUGGCAGGACUGUUGUCGUUAAUUAAGAAGGCUAAAGAGGACCCGGAAAAACCGUCGUUAGUACUCGGAGAAGAUCUAACUGAACUUUAUCUCGACUCGCCAUACAAUCUCUAUUCCCCGCUUGCCGGACUUUGGGAUGAGCAUCCUUUUCACCCUCCAGAGAUCGAUAUGUUACGUCCUCCUCAGUACUUGAUUAAUGAUCUCAAAAGGUUAGGAGAAAAUCCCCCAAAGAUAUAUUUGUGUGAAUACCAAGAUAGUGUACUCUUCUACUUGUUUUAUGGAACAAACUAUGAUUUUGUAAUUGAAGCAGCUACAGAAUUGUAUAACAGGGAUUGGAGAUUCCACGUGGAUGAUCAACUUUGGUUAACUCGUAUACCAGGAAUGCUGCCAUAUGAAAAAACAUUUUUAUAUGAGAAGGGUACUUACUAUUUCUUUGACUCCGAAAAAUGGAAGCUGGUUCCGGGUGAAUUUUAUAUAGAUUAUAAUACUGUUCAUGAGUGGUCUAAAUAUGAACCCUUCUGUUCUGAAUUCUCGUAUGUGUCAAAAUAAAGAAUCCAAUUUUUUAUGUA